UCGGAAGUUUCUUCGAGUAGCUACAUUUGUUGUGCAGAAAACUACAGUUAAUUGACGCUUUGUGGACAUAUUCUAAUUUUAACACAUACAAACAACAAAAAAUACAUAUAUUUAGCAGCUGGUGAAGCAGUCAGGUCAUGAUGACCACUCUCGUCCAUGACACCACUGAGGCCGUGUGUCUAUGUCAGGAGUACAACCUGUUCCUGAAACCCAUCGCCAAGAUGACGUUGAGUGUGGCACUGCCCCAGCUGAAGUUGCCUGGGAAGAGCAUCUCUAACUGGGAGGUGAUGGAGAGGGUGAAGGCCAUGGUGGCUCCUGAACAGUUCUCUGCCCUCAGGAUCUCUAAGAGCACCAUGGACUUUAUCCGCUUCGAGGGCGAGGUGGAAAACAGAGGGGUGGUGAAGAUCCUACUGGCCAAACUGGAUGGCAAGAGCAUCAAACUCAGCGGCUUCACUGACAUACUCAAGGUGCGUGCAGUGGAGAAUAAGAUGGACUUCCCGACACGUUAUGACUGGGACUCGUUCUUCCGUGACGCCAAGGACAUGAACGAUACGGUUCCAGGGGAGAGGCCAGACACCAUCCGCCUGGAGGGCCUGCCCUGCCGCUGGUUUACCCUGCCUGACGGUCCCCCUGAUCGGCCCUCCGAGAUGGCCCUGCAGACCAUCUUCCAGGGCUUUGGUCAGGUGCGUCAUGUAGACAUCCCCAUGUUGGACCCGUACAGAGAGGAGACUCUUGAUAAGAACUUCAACACCUUCACCUUUGGCGGCCAUCUUAACUUUGAGGCGUACGUCCAGUACCAGGAGUACGAUGGCUUCGCCAAGGCCAUGGACACACUGAGAGGCAUGAAGCUCAUGUACAAAGGAGAGGAUGGCAAGGCUGUGGCCUGCAACAUCAAGGUGACCUUUGACACCAGUAAACACCUGAGUGACGUGGCUCUGAAGAGACGGCAGCAGGAACGACUGAGAAUACUGGAGUUGGAGAGACAGAGGGAGGAGCUGAAACGCAAGGAGAAGGAGGAAGAGGAGAGACACAAGGAGGAGGAGAGGAAACAGAAGGAGGCGGAGGAGGAGGAAAAGGAACGGAGGAGGGAGGAGAGGAUACGGAAACGAGAGCAGAAGCUGAGGGACCGGGAGGAGAGGAGGAACCUAAAGAAGGUGAAGAGGAGACAGGAGGAAGAGCAGAAGAAGUUGCAGAUGAAGAUUGCGACAGAGGAGAGAAGGCUGUUGUUGGCUCAGAGGAACCUGGAGUCUAUACGCCUUAUCGCUGAACUACUGGGCAGGACCAAGGCUCUGAAACAGCAACAGCAGGAGAAGGAGAGAGUGGCGAGAGAGGAGCGAGAGAAAGAGGAGUUAGCCAGGCAGAAGGAGGAGUUAGCCCGGCUGGAGCAGCUUGAGGCCUGCAGGCGGGAGCAGGAGGCGGAGUUGAGACGUGUGGAGUUAGAGAAAGGGCGUGCCUUGGAUCUGCAGCGCAGAGAGAGGGAGCUGAGGGAGAGACUGGUUGGUAACCUGCUGAAGAAGGCUGGAGGAGAGGGAGAAAACCAGACCUCCACCCAACCCUCAGCCCUGACCAUGCACAAGGGAGACAGCUCCGACCCGAGUAAGACAGGAAGGGCCCUGGGGGUGAACGGGGUGAGACCGAGGGGAGAGGAGAGACCCAGAGCUAUGGUACGAUCACACGUCACUGAGAAACAGAUAGGAGAGAGGGAGGAGAGGCGAGGAGGCAUAGAGGAGAGGAGAGGUAAUGAAUGGAGAAGCAGAGAGGCGAGGGAGAAACCUAGAGAAAGGGAGAGGAGUCGGUCCCAUAGCCAGUGUAAGAGGAGGUACAGCCGGAGACGAAGAAGCUCUAGCAGAAAGAGGAGUGAUAGUCAGAGGAGGAGGAGAAGUCAUAGUUCUAAGAGGAGAAGCGAUAGCAGACGGAGGAGAAGUCGCAUUUCUAAGAUGAGAAGCGAUAGCAGACGGAGGAGUGGUAGUCGUAGCCACAGGAGAGACAGUCACCAUGGACGGGGCUGCAGCAGCAGGAGCACCAGCCAUGAUUGGAGCAGAAGCUCUAGUGAGAGGAGCCACAGCAGAGGCAGGAGGGGCCGUAGACAUAAAGACAGCAGGAGCAGAUCUAGUAGCAGCAGCUCUAGGAGUAGAGAGAGGAGCAGGGAGAAGGACAGGAGUACAGAGAGGAGUAGAGACUCCAGGAAGCGUAGUAGGAGUCAUUCUCGUUCUAGACGACACUAAACACAGCCAGAGGAGACAGAAGAGGACCCUAUGCCUGGGUCUAGUUUAAGUGAUGCAUGGUCAGGCGUUCUAGUAUGCUACUUUCUCUGGGCCAUAUCAGCUUCUUACACAAACAUACACACACACACACACACACGUCUCUCUCUCUCGCGCUCUCUCUCUUCCCCCCCAAUGCUCUUUGUUCAUCUCUAGUUGGUUUAUUUACUGAAUUUAAAAAAAUGCUAUACUGCUAUUAUGUUCUGUUUGACACAUGUACUGUAGAUUGAUCACGUGGUGAGUGUGUCUCCUGUGUAGAAAGACAUAGAAGAGGGAUACAGAAAAAAUACUUGAUCUUUUUCGGGUCACAGUGAAUGGCCUGGUUUGUGUUUCAGAAGAACAGCUUUAAUUGGAUUCUGGGAAUUGUAGUUAAGUAUUAAUGCUUCAGCAGGAUGCAGGGAUCUGUAGUUCUAUGGGAAAAUGUCAGUCUAGUACAGUAAAUAGGCAGCUGUAGUUUAAGUCAAGCUUUUUACCCUAGGAUAAAGUAGGGGGGUGUUAAACAACUCACCGACGUUGGUUCAAUUACUUGAAUUCUAUUUAGUUUCUGCCGUUUUUCUAGAGAGAAAUCGAAUCACUCACGAGAGAAAUCAAAGCCAAAGACUUACAGGCUAAAGAUGACCAGAUGUCAUGUUUCUGAGUUCCACGUUUGACCACCAGACGAGACUGUAGUUUUAGUUCUAACCUGGUUAAAUGAUGUUACUAUGGCUUCUCCUCCCUCGGAACUAGAAGCACAAGCAUUUCGCUACACUCGCAAUAACAUCUGCUAACCAUGUAUAUGUGACCAAUAUAAUUUGAUUUGAUAAUGUCACUAUAACAUAAAGUGGUUCAUAAAUAUAAAGUGUGUGAUUUAAAGUUCAGUGUCAGCCCUGUUCUGGUGACUCGGUGUUUAACAGCACCCACCCCAGACGGAAGCCUAGUUUCACCAUGUUCAUUAUUUUAAUGGUGUCCCUGCUAAAGUUCUGUGGAUAAGAACAUUUUCAGUUGCCUUAUUGAUGAAAGUAUGUAAAACAGAGCAGAGUGGUGUCAGUGGGUAAUGUUGUAUAUAGGUUGUAUAAAGGUCAGGGUGUCAGGAGGCUCAUCAGUCUGUACUGUAUAUUCUCAUGUUUCUCUGCUCUGAUGGGCGGCAGCAUGUCUUCAACACACUUGUCAUUUUAUUUGUUGUAAUAAAGAAACUACAAAAAAGUAGUGAUUUAUUUCAGAUGUAUAUUCUGUCUGAAUGAGUGGGUAGCCUACUAACCUAAUACCUACUAGGGAUGGACAUCAAAGCUCGAUCUUUAACCAGAGAUGAAAAAAUAGAUAUAUUCUACAUUGUUUAAACUAUUUAGUGGAAUGUGCUUUGUGGCUGCCCGAACAGGCAAGUUAAAUAUUGUCUUGGAGACGAUGUUAAUUUGCUUUGACUCUAGUGUUGUAUUUGUGCAUUUGCAGGGCAAAACCAAAAAUAAACAAAGCCAAGCAUCA